CCGGAUGGAAGGGUGGAAGACAUGUUCAUCCCAGGAUGCGAGGGGGUUGAGUCCUGCAUCAUGCGUAGAGGGGAAACCAAAGUCGUACAUAUACAGUUUAUGCCUUACAGACCUGUUGAGGCAGUGACUUCAAUUGUACACGUCGAAGUAGGAUGGUUCAUCUUCCCAGUAACCUUGAAUGAACCUAAUGCUUGUCUACAUAGUCUUCCUUGUCCUCUAGCUCCUUAUACCAACUACGAAUAUGUCUUCAAUAUAACCAUAGACGAGUCUUCUCGUACUUUUUCAGGCAAGAUCAAAUGGGAGCUGACUGAUGAGGAUGGAGAGGACCUCGCAUGCGUAGAAUUUGCUGGAGGAAUUUCAUGAUGAAACAAAUGGCGGCUGGUAAAAUGGAGAUGUCCUUCUUGGAUAAAGAAUAUUGGACUAAGAAGACUAUUAAGUAGUCAACUCAAGCACUUGACACAUUAGACAUUUUCUAGUUUGUUCCAAGGGA